UACCUAAUUGAUUUUUUUGCUUUUUUCCCUCUCUCUGCCUGCCGUGGCCACCCCUCCCCUUCCCCUUAUAGCCAAACAUUUCCAUUUUGCUGCUUCGCUUUUUAUUGUAUCUAUCUAUCUAUCUCUCUAAUUUCUCUCUCUGCUCUCCCAAUCUCACUGUUGGGCUUGAUUUAGUUUCUGGGGGGCUAAAAUGGGAGGAGGAUUUAGAGUGCUGCAUCUGGUGAGACCGUUUCUUGCAAUUCUGCCAGAAGUUCAAAGUGCUGACAGAAAGGUUCCCUUUAGAGAGAAGGUGAUAUACACUGUCAUCUCCCUCUUCAUAUUUCUGGUGUGCAGUCAGCUUCCUCUCUAUGGAAUACACUCCACCACUGGUGCUGAUCCAUUUUAUUGGAUGCGUGCAAUUCUUGCAUCAAACCGUGGGACUGUGAUGGAGCUUGGGAUCACCCCUAUUGUCACAUCUGGACUGGUCAUGCAGCUCUUGGCAGGUUCAAAGAUCAUUGAAGUCGACAACAAUGUCCGUGAAGAUCGUGCGCUCUUAAAUGGGGCACAAAAAUUGUUGGGCAUACUCAUUGCUUUUGGUGAAGCUGUUGCUUAUGUCCUAUCUGGGAUGUAUGGUAGUGUUGGUCAACUUGGCGUUGGAAAUGCUCUUCUUAUCAUAUUGCAACUAUGUGCUGCCGGAAUUAUUGUGAUAUGCCUAGAUGAACUUCUUCAGAAGGGAUAUGGUUUGGGAUCUGGAAUAUCUCUCUUCAUUGCUACAAAUAUCUGUGAAAGCAUUAUCUGGAAAGCUUUUAGCCCCACAACUAUUAAUAGUGGUCGGGGAGCUGAAUUUGAAGGUGCUGUUAUUGCUUUGUUCCACCUGUUAUUAACUAGGCAAGACAAAGUUCGUGCUCUCCGAGAGGCAUUCUACAGGCAGAACCUUCCAAAUGUGACUAACUUGCUGGCUACUGUCUUAGUCUUCCUCAUUGUCAACUACUUGCAAGGCUUCCGUGUGGUUUUGCCUGUUAGAUCAAAGAACGCCCGUGGACAGCAGGGCUCAUAUCCAAUUAAGUUAUUCUACACUUCCAACAUGCCAAUCAUUCUUCAUUCUGCUCUUAUUACUAAUCUUUAUUUUAUUUCCCAGUUGCUAUACAAGAGGUAUAGUGGAAAUUUCUUGGUGAAUCUGUUAGGUAUAUGGAAGGAAUCUGAAUAUUCAGGCCAUUCUAUUCCAGUAGGUGGCCUUGCUUACUAUGUUACUGCCCCAGCAAGCCUGGCUGAUAUGGCAGCCAAUCCCUUCCAUGCUCUGUUUUAUAUAGUGUUUAUGCUCUCUGCUUGUGCACUCUUCUCGAAAACAUGGAUUGAAGUUUCUGGCUCCUCUGCAAGAGAUGUAGCCAAGCAGCUGAAGGAGCAACAAAUGGUGAUGCCUGGACAUCGAGAGUCAAAUUUACAGAGGGAACUUAAUCGCUAUAUUCCUACUGCGGCUGCAUUUGGUGGGAUGUGCAUUGGUGCUCUCACAGUGCUGGCAGAUUUCAUGGGAGCAAUUGGCUCAGGAACUGGUAUUUUGCUCGCUGUUACAAUCAUAUAUCAGUACUUCGAGACAUUUGAGAAGGAGAAAGCCAGUGAACUUGGCUUCUUUGGGUUCUAAGACUUAGGCAUCUAGUGAACUUCCUUUGGUAAAAUAUGAGAGAUAUAGUUAAAUUUUAUGUGGUUAACAUAUCAACGAAGAAAUCUAUUCAUUUUCGGGUCUUGUUAUGAAAAUCGUAUUUAAGGUUUUUAGCGUCUA